AUGCCCCAAGCCAAUAACAUAAUGCCUAAAUACUUGCAAGAGAGUGAAGUGUCCCAAGAAUGCAAGGAUUUGAUAGCAACCUUGCCAAUGGAGAAAGGUUGGCUUGCAAGCCACUUACACCAAUACCAAGGGUUUUGGCAUAUCACUAGGCAAUUGCAAGGAGUAUUGUCUUGCCAAAAACACUUCAAUGCUCUUAACUCAGAUAUUCUCAUUGUUACAACUCCAAAAUCAGGUACCACUUGGCUUAAGGCAUGGACAUUUGCAUUGCUUAACCGCCACAAAUACCCUAAAAUGUUCCAAAACCACCCUUUGCUCACUAAAAACCCUCAUUUUCUUGUACCCUUUUUAGAGCUUGAUUUAUACAAUGAUAAGGAUUUAGUACCUAAUCUAAAUUCAAUCCCUUCACCAAGGCUUUUCUCCACACAUAUUCCUUAUGUUUCAUUGCCGAAAUCAGUGAUCGAUUCAGAUUGUAAAAUAAUAUAUCUUUGUAGAGAUCCUAAAGACACAUUCAUCUCAUUGUGGCAUUUCACGAACCAACUUAAAAUGGAAGGUAUAUGUGCCAAUUCACUUGAAGAUUCAUUGGAGAAGUUUUGUAAUGGGGUGAGCAUAUGUGGACCCUUUUGGGAUCAUGUUUUAGGGUAUUGGAAGGAAAGCUUGGAUCAACCAAAGAAGAUAAUGUUGAUGAGAUAUGAAGAGAUGAAGAAGAACCCUAGCUUUGUGUUGAAAGAGCUUGCUAGGUUUGUUGGGUGCCCCUUUUCAAAAGAAGAGGAAGAUGAAGGUGUCAUUGAUGAUAUUUUGAAGCUAUGUAGUUUCAAGAACUUGAGCAACUUGGAGGUGAAUAAGAAAGGGAAGUUGUCAAGUGGUGAAGAACAUAGGGCUUUCUUCCGAUGUGGCAAAGUUGGAGAUUUCAAAAAUUAUCUUACUAUUGAGAUGAUUGAAAAACUUGAUAUGAUUACCGAAAAGAAGCUAGGACAUUAUGGAUUUAGAUUCUAG